AUGGCAACCCUGCACGCGCAGUGCGUGGAGCUGCAAAAAGCAGCAGAGAAAGUUCCUUUUCAACAAAACCCAUACAACCCUGGGGCGACCCAGUGCUAUCGCUGUGGAGAUACCUGUAAAGGGGAGGUGGUGCGUGUCCAAAGCAAUCACUUCCACAUCAGAUGCUUCACCUGCCAAGUGUGUGGCUGCGACCUAGCUCAGUCUGGCUUCUUCUUUAAAAAUGGGGAAUACAUCUGCACCCAUGACUACCAGCAGCUCUAUGGCACCCGCUGUGACAGCUGCCAAGACUUCAUCACUGGAGAGGUGAUCUCAGCUUUGGGCCGGACUUACCACCCCAAGUGCUUUGUGUGCAGCAUGUGCAGGAAGCCAUUCCCCAUUGGAGACAAAGUUACAUUCAGUGGCAAGGACUGUGUUUGCCAAACCUGUUCCCAUUCACUGAUCAGCAACAAACCCAUCAAGAUUCAUGGACCAAGCCAAUGUGCAGGUUGCAAGGAGGAGAUCAAGCAAGGUCAGUCACUCCUGGCCUUGGAGAAACAGUGGCAUGUCAGCUGCUUCAAGUGCCAAACCUGUGGAAUCAUCCUGACUGGAGAAUACAUUAGCAAGGAUGGCAUUCCAUACUGUGAAUCUGACUAUCAUGCCCAAUUUGGCAUUAAAUGUGAGACCUGCAACCGGUACAUCAGCGGCAGAGUCCUGGAGGCUGGAGGGAAGCAUUAUCACCCCACUUGUGCCAGAUGUGUGCGUUGUCACCAGAUGUUCACAGAAGGGGAAGAGAUGUACCUCACAGGUUCAGAAGUUUGGCAUCCCAUCUGCAAACAAGCCGCAAGAGCAGAAAAGAAGUUAAAACACAGAAGAACGUCAGAAACAUCCAUCUCCCCACCUGGUUCAAGCAUUGGCUCCCCCAACCGAGUCAUCUGUGCUAAAGUGGAUAAUGAGAUCCUUAAUUACAAAGACCUGGCUGCUCUUCCCAAGAUUAAAGCCAUCUAUGAGGUGCAGCGCCCUGACCUCAUUUCCUAUGAGCCCUAUCACAGAUAUACGUCGGACGAGACGCUGGAGAGAUAUAGCUAUGGGGAGUCUCUUGGAACACUCUCUCCGUAUUCUCAGGAUAUUUAUGAAAGCAUGGACAUCAGGCAGAGGCGAGCCUCCAGCCCAGGCUACAUUGAUUCUCCCACCUACAGCCGCCAAGGCUUGUCCCCCACCAUUCCACGUUCUCCACACCACUAUUAUCGCUCAGAAAACCAAUCUGCAGCCAUGAAAAGCAAAACCAGCGAGGAUAUCGCCCAGACUUCCAAGUAUAGCCCAGCCUACUCUCCAGAUCCGUAUUACCACUCAGAGACUGAAUACUGGACAUUUCAAGGGUCACCGAAAGCACCACGAGUGCGGAGGUUCUCAUCAGGAGGAGAAGAAGAUGGGUUUGAUCGAGGGAUGCACAAAAUCCAGACUGGUAUUGGCAGACUGAUACUGAAGGAAGAAAUGAAGGCACGAUCCCAUUCCUAUGCUGACCCCUGGACGCCACCCCGCAGCUCAGCGGGCAGUAGAGAGGCUCUUCACACAGCUGGCUAUGAAAGCUCCUUAAAUGGCUCACCCCGGAUGCAUUACCUGGCUGACAGCGAUCCCCUCAUUUCAAAAUCUGCUUCUCUUCCUGCUUACAGAAGGAACGGGCUGCACAGGCCUCCCAGUGCUGAACUCUUCCACUAUGACAGCACAAAUGCGGUCAACUGGGGAAUGCGAGAAUACAAGAUAUACCCUUAUGAGCUGCUUCUGGUGACAACAAGGGGGAGAAACCGAUUGCCCAAAGAUGUAGACAGGACUAGGCUAGAGCGCCACCUGUCACCAGAGGAGUUUUACCAGGUGUUUGGCAUGACCAUUGCUGAGUUUGAUCGCCUAGCCUUGUGGAAGAGGAAUGAGCUGAAGAAGCAGGCACGGCUAUUUUAAAAGCAGCACAUUAUAAAUACAUACAUAUAUAUAUGUAUAUACAUACCUAUAAAUAUAUACAUAUAUAUAAUUAUAUUAUAUAUAUCUAUAUAUAGAAAGAUCUCUAUAUUGGAACUCUGUAUAACUCUUUUUGUUGUACAGUAGGAGCCAUGGUUGCUCUCUUUGGAAGCCUGUAGAGUGAACUGAAGUCUCACAGAUAUUUUUAUGCUCUCUUGUUUCUUUUAUUCCUUUUUUAAAAAAUGUAGCUGUUAUUUGGGGAAAGUUUUUCAAGGGGCAGGGAGGAGGUGGGAUCCUGUUUUUAUAUUUUUUCUCGUGUGAAUGUCAGGCAGUCUUGGGUGUUGUCCCUGAGUCUCUUGAAUCCAAGUCCAGCCCAAGGAAGGUGGUGGUACUACAGCACAUGCUUUGCAAGGAGCUAAUUUCAUCUCUUGUUCUCUUGUGCCCGACACUUGGUUUAAGAACAUCAGGAGUGCCCUGAUGGAUCAAACUGAGGGUUUAACCCAAGAGUGGGGAAACUAUGGCCCUCCAGAUGUAGUAGACUAUAACUCCCAUCAUCCCUGACCACUGUUCACUCUGGCUUGGGCUGAUGGCAAUUGGAGUCCGCAGAUUCUCCACCUCAUCCAGCUUCAUGUUUCCAACAGCGGCUGGCCAAAUGCCUUGUUUCUUUGAUGUUAGAUUCCCAUUAUUCUGCCUUAGCCAUGUUCAGGGCUAUCUGCAUACUGCACUGCUGUCCCCCCCUUUUUUUCUUCUUCUUUAAAUCAAAAUUCUGCACCAGGAAGAAAUUUGAAUUCUGUGAUUCGCAUGCAUUAUAUAAAUUAAACAUGUUUGCAUUUAAGAACACAAGAAUAGCCAAAGCCAGUCUAGGCCAUCAUUCUGUUUCCUACAGAAGAGAGCUAUCCAGGUGCCCUUGGAAGUUAACAGACUGGGCAAGAAGGUAAUUGCCACCCGCUGUGGUUUGUUCCCAGUAUCUACUAAUCAGGCACACUGCCACUGUACAUGGAGGUUCCAUUUAACUACCAUUUGUAGUAGCCAUUGAUAGUAGCUAUCCACCAUGUACUAUAUUAACUUGCUGAACUUCUCCUAGUCAUGGUGGUAUGUAGCUUGCCCCCUCCCUCACAGAGAGACCUACUGGAAGUAGUGGACUGGAACACUCUGGCUUCAGAGAUUCUACCAGCCUCUUGCUUUUAUAAAAUAUGAAAGCUGGGAUUGUCUGGGUGCUGAAUUUUGUGCUUACCACACAAACAAAUCCCGCAUGUCUUCUGCAUUUGCACAGGUUUGUGAUCACAACCCUGGCUAUGUUCCAGGAGCAUCGGUGAAUCUCUCUUUUUUUUUAAUGGCCUCCCUUUCCAUUCCUCCAGCUUCACCCUCUCAGCCAAUUAGUGGGAGGCAUAGCAAGCAAUUAAACCAGAAAGCACUAUCUGGAGAAAACCUUAAUCUUACAAAUCCCAAGAUCAAUACUAUUUUUUUUCUUGCUGGGAAUAGCCAGCACCACUAUCCUAUUUCCAAAGGAAACUGACAUAAUUCUCUCUUGACUAUGUCCUUUGAAUAAACUCUGGCUUUUAAAAAAAAAUGUUACAAAGAUGUGAAAUUAUAUCCAGACAGGUGUGAUAAUUGGAGGCAUUGCAUCCGAACCUUGAGAAUCCUGAGACUUAUAUCUGUUCUCAAGAAGCAGUGUAUGUACCAUAUGAAUCAUACCCCAACAUUUCAAAUGGGCAUAGGAAGUGCUGGUUUAUGAGGAAAAGGAGGUCAGCUUGCAGCGGCCUUAACACUUACUGGAAUAUCAUUUUCAUCUUGUUUAAAUUGGAUUUGUCUGGCCAUUUGCAAUGCCUCUGAUCCCAGAUGAAAUCAAUAUGAUCACCUUCUGAAUGAAGAAAUGUACAUGGAAUGUAUUUGUGGAAAAUUGUAGACUUGUUCUGCUUUCUUUUUAAAAA